UUUGGGUGACGCCAACUCGCUUCCAUUUUCCUCCGCCUCUGGUUGUCAAGAAGAUGGCAGCUUCCAGGCAGGCAUGAGAGGAAAUACUUCUUCUAAAAUCGAAUGAAUUUGGAUAAUUACCUGAAGAUAAGACCACAUACCCGUGUUUUUGAAUUUUCUGCAUCGAAAUACAAUCAUGUCUGCCCCUGGCUCCGCGGUGUCUGGGACCACGGCGUCGGUUCUGCAGCCGCGGUGGAAACGGGUCCUCGGAUGGUCCGGUCCCGUUCCCCGGCCCAGGCACGGGCACAGAGCUGUUGCUAUAAAGGAGCUUAUGGUUGUCUUUGGCGGUGGAAACGAAGGGAUUGUGGACGAAUUACAUGUAUACAACACUGCAACAAACCAGUGGUUUAUCCCAGCGGUUCGUGGUGAUAUUCCACCUGGAUGUGCUGCAUAUGGUUUUGUCUGUGAUGGCACUAGAUUGCUGGUGUUUGGUGGAAUGGUGGAGUACGGAAAGUACAGCAACGAUCUCUACGAACUACAGGCCAGCAGAUGGGAAUGGAAAAAGUUAAAAGCAAAAAACCCGAAGAACGGUCCCCCUCCUUGUCCUCGUCUCGGCCACAGUUUCUCGUUGGUUGGGAACAAAUGCUACUUGUUUGGUGGACUAGCCAAUGAUAGCGAAGACCCCAAAAACAACAUUCCCAGAUACCUGAAUGACCUGUACACACUUGAGCUUCGCGCAGGCUCCAGUGUGGUAGGAUGGGAUAUCCCAAUCACAUAUGGCGUUCUGCCUCCUCCUCGGGAGAGCCACACUGCUGUUGUAUACACAGAAAAGACAAGCAGGAAAUCUCGCCUGAUAAUCUAUGGAGGGAUGAGUGGUUGUCGCCUUGGGGACCUGUGGACACUUGAUAUUGAUACCCUGACAUGGAACAAACCAUCCGUAAACGGGACAGCACCGCUCCCCAGAAGUCUUCACUCUGCCACCACCAUCACAAACAAGAUGUAUGUUUUUGGAGGAUGGGUUCCAUUGGUAAUGGAUGAUGUCAAAGUGGCCACGCAUGAGAAGGAGUGGAAGUGCACCAACACUCUUGCCUGCCUGAAUCUAGACGCCAUGUGUUGGGAGACAGUACUGAUGGAUACUCUUGAAGACAACAUCCCUCGGGCCCGUGCUGGCCACUGUGCUGUGGCCAUCAACUCUAGACUCUAUGUAUGGAGCGGCCGCGACGGUUAUCGUAAAGCCUGGAACAACCAAGUCUGUUGUAAAGAUCUAUGGUACUUGGAAACCGAGCGGCCACAUGCCCCUGCUAGGGUGCAGUUAGUUCGUGCCAACACAAACUCUCUUGAGGUUAGCUGGGGCGCAGUCUCAACUGCCGACACCUACUUACUGCAGCUGCAGAAAUAUGACAUCCCUGCAACUCCAGCUGCAGCCUCGCCAGUCAUGAGUGCCAGUCCCGUGCAGCCUUUGAACUCUCCAAAGAGCCCUGCACCGGUGGCAGCAGCAUCCUCUGCUCAAAGCUUACCCCAGACAGGUAUUAUAGUGACCGACGAUUCCUCUUUUCAAGCUAUGUUGUUUGCACUAAAAGAAGAAAAACUAAUUAAUUGCAAAACAAAGUUUGAUCGUCUCUUCUCUUAUGUGACAGCUGUCUUAAAGGUUGCAGCUCAACAGUCUGCCACAGGCACGUCUGUUGUCACAGUCCGCCCCAGCCAGCCUGGGAAAUCUCCCGUCACAGUGACAUCCCUUCCACCAGGUGUCCGUAUGGUGAUGCCGGCGCAGACCACCCAGGGAUCGCCAAUUGGUAGUAGCCCUCAGAUGAGCGGCAUGGCAGCUUUGGCUGCAGCAGCUGCUGCAACACAGAAGAUCCCGCCCUCUUCUGCAGGAACUGUCCUAAAUGUUCCUGCAGGGGCCACCAUUCUCAAAACAGUAGCUGUUUCGCCUGGCACAACCACAAUGAAAAUGGCAUCUCCACUUAUGGUCAGUAACCCGGCUACUCGAAUGCUGAAGACUGCUGCAGCCCAGGUGGGCACAGGGACUGCGUCCUCUCCCACCAACACCAGACCCAUCAUCACUGUGCACAAGUCUGGUGCAGUCACAGUGGCUCAGCAGGCCCAGGUGGUAACCACGGUGGUGGGUGGGGUCACUAAGACAAUCACCCUGGUCAAGAGUCCCCUCACCAUGGGGAGCGGCGGCACAUUGAUUUCCAACCUUGGCAAGAUGAUGUCUGUGGUACAAACCAAGCCAGUGCAGACAUCCGCUAUCACAGGCCAGGCGUCUACUAACCCUCUUACACAGCUCAUACAGACAAAGGGUCCCCUCCCAGCCGGCACCAUCCUGAAGCUGGUGACCUCUGCUGAUGGCAAGCCCACCACCAUCAUCACCACUUCCCAGGCAGGGGGCACAGGAAACAAGCCCCAUAUCCUCAACAUCAGUGGCGUCUCUCCUAGCACCACUAAGCAGGGCACCACCAUCAUCAAGACUAUCCCUAUGUCGGCUCUCAUGUCCCAGUCUGGAGCUACAGGUCUAAACUCACGUGUGACCAGCAGUGGAGGCAUGAAAUCGCCAAUCACAAUCCUCACCACAAAGGUGAUGACCACCGGAACCCCUGGCAAAAUAAUCACUGCAAUGCCCAAACUGGGCACUGCAGCUGGCCAACAGGGAUUGACACAGGUGGUUUUGAAGGGUGCGCCGGGUCAACCUGGCACUAUUUUGCGCACAGUGCCUAUGAGCACAGUCGGUGGUGUUCGACUUGUUACACCAGUGACCGUAUCCGCUGUCAAGCCUACUGUCACCACUCUGGUUGUCAAGGGGACCACUGGUGUCACCACUCUUGGUACGGUCUCCUCAAGUCUGGCAGGAGGCACAGUGGACAGUUCCAACGCCUCUCUGGCCACCCCCAUCACCACACUGGGAACCAUCGCUACUCUGUCCAGCCAGGUCAUCAGCCAAGCUGCCAUAACUGUUUCAGCUCCUCAGACCAACCUGACUUCUGUCUCCACAUUGCCCUCGUCUACCAUGGCGGUGCAAAACCAGCCCACCCAGGUGACUUUGAUCACAACUCCCAGUGGCGUAGAAGCUCAACCAGUGCAGGAUCUACCAGUGUCCAUCCUUGCUUCACCAACCUCUGAGCAGCCCAGCUCUUCUGAGGCUGGAGCAGCUGGUGAAGGCUCUGGAACCGUCACCCUGGUCUGCUCCAACCCGCCAUGUGAAACCCACGAGACAGGAACUACCAACACAGCGACCACCUCUUCGGCCUCCAUGGGAGCAGGACAGGUCUGUUCUAACCCGCCCUGCGAGACUCACGAGACUGGAACCACCAACACCUCCACCAUCUCCUCUGCUGCAAUGGGAGCAGGACAAGUGUGUUCCAACCCACCGUGUGAGACCCACGAAACCGGCACCACCAACACCGCCACAACUGCAUCAUCAAACAUGUCUGCGCCGCGCAUGUGCUCGAACCCACCAUGCGAAACCCAAGAAACUGGAACUAACACAGCCACCACAGCGUCUGCUAACAAGGAAGAAGUUCAGCAUCAGUGUUCCAACCCACCAUGUGAGACCCACGUAACCGGCACCACCAACACAGCCACCCAAUCAUCAUCUAACAUGAACACAAAUGAGACGACGACAACCGCGCAGAGGGUGUCCUCCAACCCACCCUACGAAACGCACAAGACUGGAACCACCAACUCCCAGUCCACAGCCUCCUCCAACAUGGGAAGCGACCAGACCACCACAUCGACCGGCCAGGUCCAGAGGGUGUGCUCCAACCCACCCUAUGAAGCACACAAGACUGGAACCACCAACUCCCAGUCCACAGCCUCCUCCAACAUGGGAAGCGACCAGACCAGAACAUCCACAGGCCAGGUCCAGAUGGUGUCCUCCAACCCACCCUGUGAAACACACAAGACAGGGACCACCAACACCCAGUCCACAGCCUCCUCCAACAUGGGAAGUGACCAGACCAGUACAUCCACAGGCCAGGUCCAGAUGGUGUGCUCCAACCCACCCUGUGAAACACACGAGACUGGGACCACCAACACCCAGUCCACAUCCACCUCCAACAUGGGAGGCAACCAGACCAGUACAGCCACAGGCCAGGUCGAGAAGGUGUGCUCCAACCCACCCUGUGAAACACACGAGACUGGGACCACCAACACCCAGUCCACAUCCACCUCCAACAUGGGAGGCAACCAGACCAGUUCAGCCACAGGCCAGGUCGAGAGGGUGUGCUCCAACCCACCCUGUGAAACACAUGAAACGGGUACAACUGCCACAGCCACCACUGCCACCUGCAACAUGGAGACUGGUGAAGGCACAGCCCAGCAGACAGAGGAGGGAGCGGAAAGUACCAGCAGCCUAGAAGUUAAUGCAGCCCCCGCCCCCACUUCCAACACCACUGCAGCAGCUGCAGCUGGCAUGGUUACCACAACUCAGGGCAGGGCCAUCACCACUGUCACUCAAUCAACACCAGCCCCUGGACCCUCUGUGCCAUCGAUCUCAUCGAUCACAGAGGGUGUGAGUACUGCUGCCAGCUCCACAGAGGAACCCAUGCAAACUGAUGAGACUGCAACAACAGAUGGUGUAGAGGAGGGAGCCAGCGCUAUGGUGACACAAGCAGAGGGAGAUGCAGCCACCGCUGCCACCUUGAAUCUGCCCUCAGAGCUAAUGUCUGAGGGUCAGGGCGCCACUCUCAUGGUGACGGGGCUGUCGGACGAGGAGCUAGCUGUGACUGCAGCAGCGGAGGCCGCUGCACAGGCAGCAGCCACUGAAGAAGCCCAGGCCCUCGCUAUCCAGGCUGUCCUCCAGGCUGCCCAGCAAGCAGUAAUGAAUGAGGGCGAUUCCACUGGAGAGAACCAGCAGCCCACCACCAUCCCCAUCAUGUUAACCCAACAGGAGCUUGCAGCACUGGUCCAUCAGCAGCAGCAGCUGCAGAUGCAGGAAGCUCAGGCUGCAGCCCAGCAGGCCAGUGUGGACGCAAGUUUGCCCACUGAGGGCCUCGCCCCCGCCGACAGCCUCAACGACCCCUCGGUCGAGAGCAACGGGCACAAUGAGAUGGCUGCGGCAGUCACCAGCGCCGUAGCUUCACUUCUCCCGCGUACCACCGCUGAGACACUCAUUCCAUCAAGCACAUUUGCACCCUGUGUAUCGGUGGCGAGUCCUGCCAAGCUGCAAGCAGCGGCCGCUCUAGCGGAGGUCGCCAAUGGGAUCGUGGGGGAGAAGCAAGCCCCUCAACCAACCCCAGUGAAGCCUGUUGUAAAGAAAGAGAACCAGUGGUUUGAUGUUGGAAUUGUGAAAGUGACAAAUAUGGUCGUCACACACUUCUAUAUGCCAGGAGACAGUUCUCAAGGAGAUGACGACUCUGGCGUCAUGCCAGACUACGGCCAGAUGAAGAAAAUGGAGCUGCAGCCCGGCACGGCUUACAAGUUCCGUGUUGCCGGAAUCAACGCUUGUGGCCGCGGGGCUUUCUCUGAGAUAUCCGCCUUCAAGACCUGCCUACCAGGCUUCCCAGGGGCACCUUGCGCCAUCAAAAUCAGCAAGAGCCCGGACGGUGCCCACCUGACCUGGGAGCCGCCCUCUGUGACGUCCGGGAAGAUCAUUGAGUACUCUGUGUACCUCGCCAUCCAGAGCAACCAGACCGCCGAGGCUAAGGCCUCCACCCCGGCCCAGCUAGCCUUCAUGCGUGUGUACUGUGGACCCAACCCAUCCUGCUUGGUGCAGUCGUCCAGCCUCUCCAACGCCCACAUUGACUACACCACCAAGCCAGCCAUCAUCUUCCGCAUCGCGGCCCGCAACGAGAAGGGCUACGGUCCCGCCACCCAAGUCCGAUGGCUGCAAGAAUCCGGCAAAGACGCCGCCUCUGCAAAACCGGCCGCCAAAAGACCAGGCACCUCUCCUGAUACCAAGUCUACUGGUCCAAAGAAAGCAAGGACGGACCAGUGAGGUUGCCCAGAGACCCCUACCCGUCUUUUGUCCUUUUUUUCCACUCGCUGUCCUUUUUAUCAGGAAGACUGACCUUCACCCUUCAUCCUCAUCCUAGUCUCAUCCUCCACCCUCAAGUCUCAAUUCAAGACGGCAAUGGAGGCAAAACAAGCGUAUGAUGCCGAGAUGAAAGUCAAUCUGAGAUGUUUCUGUAGAUAAAAAAAAACUCCUUCCUCCUCGUUAUGUUGGUUGUACUAUUUUUAUAGCAACACAAACUUAGAAGCACAUUACCUUUUUUCAGUCACAUCCCCUCCUAUCGUUUAACAUUUACUUUUGGCUUAUUUCAGUAGUUAAGCAGUGUAGAGAAGAAUUUCCAUCUUUCACAAAUGGGAAGCCAGCUCGAGCUCACUCUUAUCUUUUGUUUUUUUGUGUUGUAAAUCCUUGGGGGAUGUAGAGAGAGACUACACCAGUUGAUGUACAGUGUUGAAACAGGCUGUGGAGGCAUGAGUUUAGCUGAGAGGAAACAUCGGUAUGGAUACAAAUAAAGCACUUGUCCUCAGCGACAGAGGACAUCAUUCUUUUCCUUCCUUUUUUUUUUUUGGUCAAAACAAAUUUGCUUCAUUGAGAACCACGUCUGUAUUCAUCGUGCUGGACUCCAGUCUCCUGUAAAUGUCAUCAAUGUGCGCUUUUGACCCCAAGAUGAGGACUGUUGGCAGACACUUCAAAGUGGACAAAAAAAAACGACGAAGAGAUUUGUAGAAAAUGAAUGACUCACUUGCUCGAACUGAGACUUGCAGCACACACAAACACACACAAAAAUCCUCCCAAAAAAUUAGCAAGCAGCAAGAUCUUUUGUGUAGUUUAUUUUUGUAUUUUUUAAGCAUUUUUUCCCCUCCUGCGUGUGUAUGUCGUGUGCAUUUUUAAAAACAUCACCUUUUUUUAAACAGUUGUUCAUCCCCCAUAGUUUGUGUUGGUGGGAAGAUUGGUGGCUGUGUUGUGGUUGCCGCUCACUUUUUAAAAAUCUUUAUUAAGUUGGUUCUAUGUUCUUGUUCACAGAAGGUAACAAAAGAGAGAUGAACUUUUGUAUUUGUUCCAAGUAGAACCCACAGAGGUUAUAGGACUGAAGGGAACUUUGAAGUGGACCCAGAGAGAGAUUUUACUUUGUUUACUACUCAACGCUUGUGUUGCUUUGUUUGCCAAACGUGGAAUUUGCCGGGUAUGAGGAAAACAUCUGGUCUUAUCGUACCUUACCCGCCCAAAACAUCCUGAUCAGUUGUCCUGCCCUUUUUAUGCUCAUGAAUGUGGCGUCUCACCUCUUUAAUUUUUAGAAUGGCAAAUUAUAUUAGUCUACGUAUUUUCCCUUUCCUAUUGAUGUAUGUGAAUCCAUUUAAUAAAUUUUAACUUUUGUUUUCCUUCCACGGCUCUGUAUUUCAGACUAUUGAUGGUGUGCAGCUUACUGUGACGCGUUAGCCUGUAUGUCUUUGGAAUGGGGAUGUCUCGGGAAGAAAGCUUACGUAGUCGGAGUGUACUCACUUGUAAAUUAGUUCCUACAUAGAACAAGAAUAAAACAAACAAAAAAAACUACAAUAUCUUGGCCUUUUAUAUAAUUACCCGUAACACACAUUUUACAUGUUGGUCAUCUCUUGAUUGCCUUUUGUGUCUUCUAAAAGAAACCUAUGUAUAUAUUAUAAUGUUUCUUUUAGAAGCUGUGUGUGUCUCCCUGAUGGUUUUGAUUUGAUUUGCUUCUGUUGAGCUGAUUCACUGUACGAGUCUGAAUCACUGAUGGUUUCAUUACGGUAUAAGAAGUUGUACAGGGAGGACGUUUCUGACUGGACAUGAGUGUAUAUCUACUUUGUAAGAGCAGAUUCAGUUAUGGUAACGGCCAGGAACAUCAGAGCCAAGGUUUUUGCUUGCCGCCUUUUUUCUGACGGGCGCCUUGGUUUCCAUUUGUGGUUUCGUCCCUUAUUUCUUACAAAAAAAAUGACUUCUCUCAUAUGCAUUCAUAAUUUGUGUGUGUCAGUUCGUCUGUUGAACAAAACUAGACAUGCAUGCAAAAGCAGUGUAUUUUAGUAGUGAUGCCUUAAGUUAGACCAUAAACUGGUUCUCAGAAAAAGUAAAAAAACAUUUAAUGAGUUUGUUCCUCGCUCCAUGUGGUAUACAAUUGUGUCCUUUCCUUCCACAGCACCUUGGCGGGGUCACUAUUUUUGCACCCUCGUUAGAUAGGUUGUCAUCAGCAGUGCCGAGGUCUCUGAACUCUACCUCCCACACUGGGACAAGCGCUGCUCUCAGCAUUCACAGGUGUUGCGAGUUUCUCUCGGCUCUUUGCAGGUUAUCUGGAAAUGUCCUGUAUUUUCCAAUGUUUGUUUUUUUUGUACUGUAGGGAGUAAUGUAUCUUUUAUCAUCAAAAAAUAAAGAUGUUAAACAUAAACAUGA